ACCAAUCUCAUCAUAUAAAUCUAUAUUAUUGUACUUUUUUACAACUUUCCUUUUAUUUUGCAGCUAAUCGUAAAUUAAAAAUCCAAGAUUGGCUGUUAAAUUUACCCACUUUUAUAGAUUAAAUCACAUAUUUCCAACGUAGUUUUAAAGAAAAACAGACCUGCUUUGACCAGCAUCAACACUCCAAUGCCAUUUAUAAUAUGUUUAUGUAUAAUAAACUACAGUUUAUAGAGUAAAUUCACUGCUUUAAAUUCGUUUUAAAAUUUAAUAUUGUUUAGCUUUACUAAAUGGCAUUUUAAAGGCAAAGAUUUAAAAUGGCUGAUUUGGCUGAACUACAAAAGUUAAACUUGCUUUGUUUCUAGCAUUUCAGUAGUUAUUCCAUGUGCAGUUAAAUGAGUCUUUGACUUUCAAAGCUACUGUAAGUUUGUGCUGGCAGCUCCUCCCAUCCAGCUAUAAGAGCCCAGCUGACCUGGUGGUUUGUGUCCAUCCUGAAGUAGGCCAACGCAAAUGAAAAGUCGGACAGCUUUCUUUCCAAGGUCCUUUCUCGCAGGUGGUUACACAUCUCUGACUUCUUGCAACAUGGAGAUGUAGGGACAGUGCCCUGGUUUGUUUUCGGACUGAGCGCGCACUUGUGGAUUAGGAGCUGGUAACAUUUUUUAAUAAUGACUUUUGCCAUGCUGCGGCCUGUGGCGACGCACUUAAUCUACUCGGACUUUAACGUGACCUCCGACGACGACGAGAAUCGCAGCGAAAGCGACGGCAGCUCGGAGCAAAGUUACUGCGGCUCCAGCGAAAAACGGAGACUGAUUUCGCACAAGCUGGAAGGAGACUCCACGGUGGUGAUGAAGCAGAGGAGCGCAGCCAACGCCAGGGAGAGAGGCAGGACCCAGAGCGUCAACACCGCAUUCACAGCUCUUCGGACUCUCAUACCCACCGAACCGGUGGACAGAAAGCUCUCCAAGAUUGAAACUCUUCGACUGGCAUCCAGCUACAUUUCCCAUCUGGCCAACGUGCUUCUUAUUGGAGACGCAGUCGCUGACGGUCAGCCGUGCCUCGGCGCGGUCCACGCGCAAGGAGAGAGUGGAGGGAAGCAGCCGAGGACCAUCUGCACCUUCUGUUUGAGCAACCAGAGAAAAGGGAUUAAGGAUGGAAAAGACUGUUUAAAAAUGCGAGGGCUGGGUCCGCUGCGAAUGAGGCGCUGACUGAAGACCAGAGAAUGAUUAGCAACCUGAAAAUCCUCGAAGACUUUCUCAGGGAAGAGUCCAGACUGGUUUUACAGAGCGCACACUCGUGUUCUUACACAUGCUGGAUCAAAUGAUGGAACCAAAGAGACUAUUUAUACUUGACUGAGAAAUUUAUGCAUAAGACUUUCAAAGAUGCAGUGCAUUUGUUUGAAACUUAGUUUUUUUUUGUCCUUUUU